ACUUGACCAAUAACUAGGCUUCUUUAUUUCAGACUGCCAUUCCAAAAGUCGCAAUCAUGAACUUCUUACAAUUCCUCAUGAAGAAGAAAGAACUUAUUCCUUUGAUCACAUUUAUAAGUAUUGCUGAAAUGGGAGCAGUUUCUAUGUCCAUGUACUCCUUUUUCAAAAGUGAUGUGAUUGUUAACAGAUGGCAAAAUCCAGAACCUUGGGAAAAUGUGAAUCCUAGCAAGCUUCAAAAGCUUGUCACAAUUAACCAAAUUUGGGAACCUAUUGAAGAGUUGCAGACUGUCAAAAAGUUGACCAAAUGAAGAGUUUUCCUUCUAAAUCACACUCUGAAUCUAGUGGAAACAUUUCUGCACAAACUAGACUGCUGAAACCAGUGUGCAGAAUUGCUUCUGCUACAUUUUUAGGAUCUCCCUACAUUUAUGGGCUGUACAUAGGAAAUUCCAUUUUGCCCCAGAAGUGGCAAGCUUGGCAAUAUCUGUAGUCGGUCCAAAAAAAUCCUCAUAUUUGCUGUCUUGUAAAGGUGAAUUUUAUAUCAUGUAUGUAGCUCAUUAAAAGUAUUUAUGAAAAAAAAAAA